CCGGGGUUGAGCGGCAUGCUCAACAAUAUCACCGCCGGCGGUUCCGUACACGGUAUCUCCGGAGCGAAGGAUGCGCAAGAUCUGAAGCGGUACGAGAAGGAGCACGGCGUGCUGGGUGUGAAUCUGGGCUCCGGUCUGUCCGCGGGUGGUGGCCUCACGCUUCAUCAGGAAUUGAUCAUGACUAUGCCCGGCGCAGGUAGCGCGACGGGGAUCGGACAAGGCGAUGACAAACCUGCAAAGCAAAAGCGACAUCGGACGCGCUUUACACCGGCCCAGCUGAACGAGCUGGAAAGGUGUUUCGGCAAAACUCACUACCCGGACAUCUUCCUGAGGGAGGAAAUAGCACUAAGGAUCGGCCUCACGGAAAGUCGCGUUCAGGUAUGGUUUCAAAACCGACGAGCGAAGUGGAAGAAGCGCAAGAAGACAACCAACGUGUUUCGGACCUCGGGAUCGCUGCUACCGUCGCACGGCUUACCUCCCUUCGGACCGAUGACCUCCGACUUGUGCACCGGAAUGUUUCAUACUCCUGCGGACAGAUGGGGAAUGGGGACAGGUCUUGGACAAUUGCAGAGCAGCAUGACGAUGAGCGGUUUUGGGCAACUCGGCCAACAGAGCACGGGAAGUUUAGGUUCCAGCCUCGGCAACUCCGGACUCCCGAUCAACAAUCUCCCGUCGCAGUCUGUCUACCAUACCAACUACGGACUCAAUUCUAUCAGUGGGGUUCACGUGUCGGCGUCCCGAGGUUCACCACCCUCGGUGGGUGGCGGUCAGGGCGGUGGGAUGGGCUCGGGCCUGAACUGCGGCCAGGGUUCUCCGGGCACGACUUCCGGUACCGGUGGCAGCGGCAGCGGCGGUGGCGGUGGUGGCGGCGUCUCCUGCGUGGGCGCCGACGUCACGAACGAGGGAUCGGACUGGAGAGGCGCCCACAGCAUCGCGGCGCUCAGGCGCCGCGCCUCGGACGCCUCGCAACAGUACAGCCCACAGCCACCGCCGCCAGGACCACCUCAGUAUACCCACGACAUGGAGUACAGUCCUGUUUACCAAGGCGUCGUCUGAACCGUCUUUCCUGACGUUCAGUUCCACUGGAGGGAAAACUGCCGGCCGGUAGAAGCUUACCAUAAUCCAUGGAACGAGUACUCCUCUCUGUUCCGUCGAUGGCAACCGUAAGAUAGGACUGCGUUUCCGUGACUGAUUCCACGGGAGGGCGCGGAGGAGGCGCGAGAGAUCCAAGAGAUUUAUCUAGCUGGCUGUCGUCAAUUUUACGUUCGAGCGAGGUCAAGAUCGCCGAUAUUGGAACGAUCAUUCUAAAUUCGAUCAAGGUCCAAAACUGUCCGCUUGUUUGAAUUUAAUAUAAAGCCAGCGAGGUACAGCAAGUAACGACGAAAUUAGAAUGUUCAGAUAAUCUUGGGCGUUUUGACCGAUAGAAAUUCAACGGGGCGGUAACGAUACGCAAAUUUAACGUGUGCUGUGUAUUUAUUUAUUUUUCACGCGAACUUUGCCCUACCAGACGAAAUAGCUACCAGGAUUGCGCGGAGAAUUUACGAAAGGAGUACUCUUCUAUAAAUUAGCGCGGAGGUAAAAUCAGGGUAGAGGAUCGAAAUUGCUGGCAUUAUCGACAGUGACAAUUUGCGCAAUAUAGAUUCUCAUCAUCGUAGCCUUCCCAGGACCAUCGUGACACAUGUAUAAUGUAAACCUGACUUUCCGCAAAUCUGUCCGGCUGAUUCUAAUAUCGGGCCAACCAUCGACUCGAUGCCGUAAAUGUAAAGAAACUUGAUGGAGUAUGACGGAGUUGUAGCAAUUAAAAUUGCACGUUCGAGAUUUCUUAAUUGGGAAUGUAAAUACUUUCGCUGUAUCGUCUAGUCAAAUACGUCUUGAAUAGCAACAGACGUAAACGUUAUUUGAUAUUUUGUGGGGAAAACCGAAUCACCGGCACAAAUCCUUUAGCCGCGCAAAUUAUUCAUAUUGGCGAGUUUUUCUACCCAGGUGAUUCGCGGAAAGAGCGAAUCGACGAGGUUUCGUUUCUAAAUGGAUUUUCAACGUUUCACAGCGGUUCAUGAAGAAUUAUUUAAUAAAAUGAAAGCAGAUUUUGCUCAGUAACGGUAAAAGUUUAUCCUAAUCGUGACGGUUCCAAAUAUUAGAAAAUGGCAAUGACCGAAGUUUCUCGCAGGAUCUUCAUUUUAAUAUCGAGCCACCGCGGCAACUAUAAAUCCGUUGUAAUUAUCAUUCGAGUUGGAGUCAUUCCGAAUGUCAAUGAUUAAUAUAUGAUCCGUCAUAGUAUGGGGGCUGUUUUUACGAGUGAUGGAACGCUCCGUCCUACUAAUCACACCGAGCUGUCGAUAAAGGAAGGAAUGAAUUGUGAUUUGUGCAGAUUAAUGAAUUUUGGGACACGAAGAGUCUUAAAGGGAGAUAAUUGCCGUAAACUCUGUUACCAGUUCCGCGCGUGAACCCUUGGGUUGGCGCUGUGCGCUGCGAAAACAUCGAGGGGUGGCUAUUCCGCGUACACAUAUAUUAAUAUAAUAACGUCCGCAUCGGACUUUUACGAUUGGCUCCAUGUAACUGUAACACACGCUGAUUUACUCUCGUGAAGUCAACCAGUGCGCGGAGAGAAUUUUCUCUUAAAAUUUAUCCUGAAAAUCAUGUAAUCGUGGGACAGCG